CCAAGCAUCCACUCGCUAAAGAUCAUCCAAGACGAGGAAGAAUCCAGGAGUAUAUUUAUAUACGAGAUGGGCAAGAGACUGUUGUUCCUGGCCGUCCUCCUCGUCGCCUCCCUGGGCAUGUCGACGACGGUGGUGCGGAGCGAGCUGGCGUGCGGCAGCCUGAGGGAGCAGUGCAUGGCCAUGUGCAUCCUGGCAAGCUGGUGCAUGCACUGUUGCCAGGCCCGCGGCUACGUCGACGGCCGCUGCAGGGUCCUCCACGGCGAGACCACCUGCUACUGCUGCAAGGACGUGCCCCCCCUCCCCCUCCCCGGCCCCCAGCCGGCAGAAGAGCUCCGCCGCCGGUGACCUCACUUUCUUGCCUGGCUGAGAAAUAUGCGGCGACAUCCUCACUUUCUUUAUGUAUGAUAGCUCAAGCGUGAGUUGGGCCAUGUUUUGAAUAAAUGGACUAGUUCUAUGCAAU